UGAAAUGACUACCAUAUAAAUAAUGAGUUCCUUCCACUUCCCCCAUCCUAAUGAGCUCCUUGGAAGUGAGACUUCCUCAUCGGCCCUACCUCUUUCUUCCUUUUUCACCACUCUUCCUCUCUGGAUCUUUCAGACCUUUUCAAAUGUGUUCAUCGACGCAACAACGCCGGCAGAUCGACUGCUGACUGCCGGCCGUGACCAUCGCCAGUGCUUUUUUUGGGUUGUUUUCUCAAAGAUCUUUUCAGACGUGUUCAUCGUCGCAACAACGCCGGCGGAUCUGACAGAUCUUUUCAGCCCUACCUCAAGGUCUACAAUGGUUACUGAUAAUUUAGAUGAUCUCCUUCACAUUGACGUACCAAUGUUUGCAACUAUGGCAGUUAUUUCAGUCAUGAUGUCUAACCGAGAACAACGGCAAGCACUACCCCGAGAGCCUUAUAAGGAGGAGUUAAAGUUGGUUGAUGAUGAUGAUCAUGCCACCGGUGAUCAUGUCCGUUCAAUCUUUGACCAAUUUGGUGGUACAAACCCUGACGACGAUUGUGCGCCUCCAACUAAUGAGCCAAAGGACUGUGAAUCAUUUGAGGUAAAUAGCCGAAGACAUGAAACGCCAAGAUCAUCUGGAACUAAGACUGGCCGCACAACAAGGACUGUGGGUGAAAACACUGCUAUGGACAAUGUCGGGGAUAAGUUGGGUGAGUUGGCGGCGUCAAUUGAUCGGGCAAGAAAGAAAACAUGGAAGGAAAAACUAUCAGAUGCUCUAUGGGAUAUGGAAGGUUAUGAUGAUGGGGACAUGGAAAUGGUCUUUGAUAGAUUAAUGACUAACAAAAAACAAGCCGAAUUAUUCUACUUGAGAAAGCCAUCUCUUCGCAAAAGAUGGUUAGAUAACUUUAUUGAAUCUAUAAAGAAUUCCAACUCCUGAAGUUAGCAUCAAGUUGCUUGUUUGCAGGAAACAAGAGUAUCUAUUUGCUGGUGAUCAUGUUGCAUGGAGUUUAUGGGUUUGCUGGCACAAGUUGAUCUUAUAAAAGAAACAAAAUCCUGCCAACAUGUUGUUUCUUUAGCUUAUGAUUUUGUAAUGCAAAACCCUGUGUUGUUCUUCAUUAUGCAAUGGGUUAAAUUUUUAUUUUUUA